GAAAGGGAUGGUAGCUUAACACAGUUGACUGGUUGUGGCGGUCGUGUACCAGGGAGCGCGUUCACUACCACUGAGAUGAUUCGUAUUGUAUAAGAGGUUUAAGGACGAAAUAAUUCAAAGCCUGGACAAUCGAGCUUUCUUGUAUAUGAAAUAUCAUAUUUUGAUUCUGACUCUUUUUUUUUUUUACAUGCCAGGAUAUUUUUAAACGGCUGGAGGGGGAAAAAACGCUGCUUUUAGGUUUCCGUUAGAGUUUUGUGUAUCCGAUGCUUUUACAUCCGUUUAUGAACAGCACACUCGAAGCUAUGCAUCCGACGGGAAUCCAAAAAGACACUACGUUCACGAAGAUCUUUGUAGGGGGUUUACCCUACCACACAAACGAUGCGUCUCUGAGAAAAUACUUCGAAGCGUACGGAGAAAUAGAUGAGGCUGUGGUCAUAACGGACCGACAGACGGGGAAGUCAAGAGGCUACGGCUUCGUGACCAUGACUGACAGGUUAGCAGCAGAACGAGCCUGUAAAGACCCAAAUCCGAUCAUCGAUGGUCGUAAGGCCAAUGUCAACCUGGCCUACCUCGGUGCCAAGCCACGUAAUCUUCAGACAGGCUUAUCUGUUGGUGUGCAACCUAUUCAUCCAGCGCUUAUUCAAAGGCAGUAUGGGCUGCUGCCACAGUAUGUAUACCCGCAAGCCUUCGUACAGCCCGGCCUUGUGCUCCCUUCUCAAGUGGCCUCCUCGCUCACGUCACCAUAUGUGGACUACACUGCUGCCUAUGCCCAGUGUACUUCAGCAGCCUUUGAGCACUACCCUUAUGCCUCUUCCCCAGGUUUCAUGGGUUAUGGCUACACAAAUAGCCACAUCACCGGCCCACCCUCAGGCACCUCUUCACUGCACCAGACCCUCACCAAUGCGCCUAAUGCUGCCACCCCUGCUUUCAUCCAGUACCCACCACAGCAGCAUCUGCAAGCUGAGCGCAUGCAGUGAGGGCCAGAUGGGCCAGAUGAGCCAAGUGACCCCUUGAAAAAGAACAUAAAAACAUUUGCACUGUCACAUCAGGAUUUGCUUCUGGCAGCUGAGUCCGGAGACAGUGAAACUGUGCAGUGGCUUUAAAAGAGCUUCCAUAAGCACUGAUGCUUUUUUUUUUUUUUUUUCUUUCUUUCUUUCUUUCUUUCUUUUUUUUUUUUUUUUUUUUUUUUUUACUUUACAUAGUUCAACAUUUAUUACUGUCUUCACUAUUAGUCAUGCUAUUCAUAUCAUAUGCUUAAUUGUAUUAAUGUUUCUUUUUGUGCUUAUAUUAUAUUGUUAAGAUCAAUCAAUGUAAGGCGCCUCAUUGUAUAGAGUGGGAAACUAUAAGUUAAGGAAGACUAUACAGUCAUACACUGAACAUGGAGAGAUUUAAGAAGUUUUAAAUGUGGGUAUUGCUGCUUAAAAUCACCAGGGAAAGCAUUUGAGAGAAUGGAAGGUCAGGAUUUAAGGUUAUAGGCAGGGCAGAAUACACAAUUAGAGAGGUGGGAAAUGGAGAUGCAAGAGCACACCUGUACAUGCACAACAUCAUGAGAAGUUGGUACUAAAUCUAGGACAACAUGGAGAACUUCAAGCUUCUGUUACUGCUUAAAGACAUCCAAACUCUCCCAGGACUACCUUUUUUUUUUUUUUUUUUUUUUUUUUUUAAAUAAAGAAGAGGCCUUAAAACUAGAAUAUUUCUUUAGGUUUAAAUGACAAUUUUAGCAUUUGUAUUUAGGGUGAACUGUGAAUAAGCCACCUCCUGCUUCCAAACAAAAUACACCCCAGUCUACAGACCUCAGACUUGUUUAAGUCCAAAGACUUAUGAUAUGGUAUUUUAGAGUAAGGGUGCUAAUUAAAGAUUUUGAUCAGGUUUCUGUCCAUGGUGAUGAAUGUGUCUUUAUGCCAUAAUGCAAAACUGAUUUGGAUCCAGGUGUCCAGUUCAGGCAAAGCAUUGAAUGUGCAGCUUGUUUGGCUUAUGGAUGAAUGGAGAUAAUCAUUAUAUGAUGCAAUAAACGUUGGUUUUUAACAUGUAUGGUAGCUGACACUGAUACCUACAGUACAUCAGUUUUGUAUAACUGUUAAAAGUAAUUGUAAAACAUCCUUUUGAAUAUCUCUGACAGGAGUGUUCUUUAUGUACAGCAUUGUCUCAAUUUAAAGCAUUUUGCAGUAUUUAUGUUAAGAUAUUUAAGUGAUCUGUGGUAUAAAUCUUUUUUACAUGUAUAAAUUGGUCUCUCUGUAUACCAGACAUGCAAAACCUACAAUGUUUCAGGCUGCUGGUUGCCAAAUAAGAUUGUGUACAUAGUUGAUUUAGCAUUCAUCAUAUACUAAUCUACACAUGCACCUAAUAUUUUUAAGUUUUUUGAGCCUCGGCUUGCACCUGGCACAUAAAUGCUCUACGAAGCAUAUUUGUCACACCAUUUCACUAUCUGCAAAGAAGCCAUACCAAGAAAAGUCUUGGGGAAAAAUAAAGACUUUAUACUAAAAAUA